CGGGCUGCUCGGGAGCUUGCAGAAGACCUUGCCCGCCCUACCUGGAAAAGAUAGCGGGACCUGGGACACUGCUUGCAAAUGUCGGAAAGCGGGGUGGAGGCUGGCUGGCUUUUGUGGAGAGGAAUGGCGUGGAACGGGAGACGGAGCGGAGGCAGCCCCAGGCAAGUGAUCGUCUUCCUUCUGUGCCUUUGCGUGUGGCAGAGCGCGGCCGAAAGCCUCCGCUAUUCUCUGGCGGAGGAGAUGGAGAGGGACUCGUUGGUGGGCAAUAUCGCGCAGGACCUGGGGCUUGCUCCGAGCCAGCUGGCGGCUCGCAAGGCGCGCGUUGUGUCCGAGGGGAGCCAGCAGCUUUUCCGCCUGAACCCGAGCAGCGGAGUGCUGACGGCCAAGGAGUCUCUGGACCGAGAGGAAAUCUGUCCGCAGAGCGAGACCUGCACCCUCUUCUUUACACUCUUCUUGGACAACCCGUUGCAGCUGAUCCGAGGGGAGGUGGAGGUUGCUGACGUGAACGACAACUCUCCUGUCUUUCCCGAGAAGGAAAUGGUUUUAGAGAUUCCCGAAACGACAACUCCAGGAUCCCGUUUCCCACUAGAAAGCGCCCGAGAUACGGACGUGGGCAGCAAUGGCUUGCAGAACUACAGCCUCGAGUCUAAUACGCAUUUUUCCCUCACUUCUGGAACAAGAAAAGGUGGUGCAAAAUACCCAGAGCUCAUCCUGGAGCAGCAACUCGACAGAGAACAGCAACGAGACAUGAAUUUACUCCUGAUUGCCUCUGACGGGGGGUCGCCGCCCAAGUCAGGCACGGCUCAGGUCCGAAUCGUGGUGCUGGAUGCCAAUGACAACACCCCGAUGUUCAGCCGGGAUAUCUACGAAGUGCGCCUGCCCGAGAACAGCCGCCCAGGGGAGCUGUUAGUGAGAGUCGUGGCUAGGGAUCCCGAUGAAGGGUCCAACGGGAAAGUGCAGUACACUUUCAGCCAAGCAUCGGACGGGUCUCAUAAGUUCUUUGAACUAAACCCUGAGACGGGGGAAAUUCGCGUGUCUGGAAAACUGGACUAUGAAGAAACGAAAAACCAUGAGAUGAUGGUGAAAGCCACCGAUGGUGGGGGUCUGUCUGCGCAUUGCAAAGUCCAGGUGGAGGUCGUGGAUGUAAAUGACAACGCCCCAGAGAUAGCGCUGACCUCACACACUGCCUCCAUUCCCGAGGACGCUCCGCCACGCACAGUCGUGGCACUCUUCAGCGUGCGCGACAGGGACGCCGGCGACAACGGCAGAACAGAGUGCAUCAUCGAGGGGGAUUUGCCCUUCAUUCUCACACCCACCAUCGGGAAUUUCUACGAGCUGAGAACCAGCGCAGCGCUGGACAGGGAGACGAGGGCAGAGUACAACAUCAGCAUCCGAGCGACGGACUGGGGCCAGCCGCGCCUGAGCGCCCUUGAAAGCCUGUGGGUGCAGGUGGGGGACGUGAACGACAACGCCCCCGCCUUCAGCCAGGAGCUGUACAGCCUGUGGGUGACGGAGAACAACAGGCCGAUGGUGCGCAUCGGGCGCGUGCAGGCGAGCGACGCGGACGCGGGCAGCAACGCGCGCGUGCAGUACGCGCUGGUGCGCGGGGAGGGCGCGGAGCAGCCCGCGCUGUCGGUGAACGCGGAGAGCGGCGAGGUGUACGUGGUGCGGGCGCUGGACUACGAGCGGCUGCGCGCCUUGGAGGUGCGGGUGCGCGCCACGGACGGCGGCUGGCCGGCGCUGAGCGCGCAGGCGGUGCUGCGCGUGCUGGUGCGCGACGAGAACGACAACGCGCCGGUGGUGCUGCACCCGGGCGGCGAGAGCGGCGCGGGCGCGGGCGAGCUGGUGCCGCGCUGGGCGCCGGCGGGCUACCUGGUGGCCAAGGUGGUGGCGGUGGACGCGGACGCGGGCCAGAACGCCUGGCUGUCGUACGAGCUGGCCAAGGCCACGGAGCCGGGGCUCUUCCGCCUCGGGCCGCACAGCGGCGAGCUGCGCACGGCCAGGGCCGUGGCCGAGCGCGACGCGCCCCGACACAGCCUCGUCGUGCUCGUGCGAGACCGCGGCCAGCCGCCGCGCUCGGCCAGCGCCACCCUCGCCGUCGCCCUGCUCCGCGACUUCUCCGACGCCCACGCAAGCCUCGCCCACCACCCGCCGCCCCACGAGCCCGACCACACGCUCACGCUCUACCUCAUCGCCUGCCUGGCCUGCGUCUCCGCGCUCUGCCUGGCCACCGGCCUGGCCGCGCUGCUCACGAAGCUGCGGCGGGACCGGCGCAAGCGCGCCGAGCCCUUGCCCACCUUCCCGACGGCUGUGCCCGACAGCGACGCGGGCUCCCUUCCCCGCAGCCUGGUCUACGACGUCUGCUUGGCCACCGGCACCCUGAGCAGCGACUUUCGCUUCCUCGGACCCCUCUUGCCCUGCUUCCCCGCCGGGGUGACUCCCGGCGCUGCCCCACAGCAGAGCUCGGUGUGCUCACAAAACGCGGCCAACUUCGGUGAAGGAGGAGAUUCGGGUGCACAGGCUCCCCUCUCUGAAGAUAUGAGUUCCAGACCAGCAGAAGCAGCUUGUGCUGCAAACAGAGGCAUGGAGCAUAAUGUCAGUUCUGAUCAAAACCCUUGGCUCACCCAUCAGUAAGUGAGGAGAGAGUGAGUCUGUCUUCACCAGGUAAUAUUCUCAGAGGGAAAGAAAACAGACCAAACAACCUCAAAACAAACAAACAACAAUUAAAAAAAAUAAGAAGCAACAGAGAGCUACAAAUGUUCUCUGAGAGGGAGCAAAACCCUCUCUUCUGCUUGAGCAGUACUAUAUUCACAUAUAUAUUUUGCAGUUGUGUUGUGGAUGCAGGAGGUCUUUGUUGCAUGCUGAUUGCACUGAUACUUGAUGCAUGAUUGUGAGCACUACUGCUUCCGAACCUAGAUAUUCUCUGCAUCACCUCUUCUGUGUAUUUUGUCUUAAGUAGAGGGCUCUGAAAUAGUGUUUAAUUUUCUUCAGUCUGGUCAAGAUCAGGCAAGCAGAUCUUCAGGAGAAUUCAGUGGCUCUUGCAAAGGAAUCCCUUAAUAACAGGCUGAAGCUGAUUCCAUUGGAAAUGACUGAUGUUGGCACACUUGCCCUGUUUGAGCAGGAGUUUUGCAUCUUCUCCUUACUCUGAAGUGUGGGGUUUGAGCAAUAUAUGCUUGUUUUCCGUAGUGUAAGGUUGAAGUCAACAUUCCAUUUCCCCCCUAUGGUUAUAGAGAAUUAAAAUAUGUGUUGCUUCUCAUUAAAUAGACCUUUACAGGUAUUUAGGGCACUGUAUAGGGUGUCAGGAAACAUUUUGUUUUCCUUUCAUUAACCAGUAAUGAGCUACAAAGUUGUGUGAUAUUUGCUGUCUCUCUCAUUUUCUGAUAGUCAAAUACCUAGUGAUACAAAACAAUAAAAGCUCCUUGGAACUCCCUCA